CUCAUACAUAAAUUGCCCAGCCUGAAGGAAGCUACUGGGCAGCAUGGAAGCGAAGCAUUCGUGGGCAGUUCGUUAUCGGGUUUUUGAAAAGAAGUGGCCAUGGCAUUUGCGUUGGCACGGGUCCACGUAAACUAUGCUACACGCCAUCAGCGCGCUGAACAGCCUCCAACCUGCGAGCUUCUUUCUUCUAAGAACCUGGGGACUGCUUGCCACUAACCUUCUCCUCACCCAACAAGCCUUCCAAGCAAUCAAGCGACCCUGUAGAUAUAAAUAUCAACAACUGAACGACUUGUUUCCAGCAAAAACCAUCGACACUUUGUUCAUACAACCGUUUCUCCCUUUGCCAGCCAGCGCUUCAAACCAUUACAUCACAUCCUCCCAACACCUUACCAUGAAAUCAGUCCCCGCCAUCCUCGCGAUCUCGAUCCUGAUGCUGCUGACCAGUGCACUAAUCCAUGUGGCCGAGGGUCAUCGAAGUUGUCUUACCGCCAGCGACCAAGCUUACUGCAUCCGACCAAUGACUGGGGUCCCCAAAAUCCCCAAGGUUACAAAACAGCCAGACGGAGGGUACCCAACUUUUUCCUGCCCCACGGACAUGAUGGCGCUAUGUUGUCCAAGCAUACCCCCAGACCUCAAGCAGUGCAACGCCGCCCCAAACAUAUGAUAACGCUUUAGUUCUAUGACCAUGUCUCUUCUCCAACCUGACCUGAACUGCCAUGUCUAAACCUGAUAGUGAUAACCCUCUGAGUGUCACUCCAUCACCAAAUGCUUCUUGAAAAUGCUUCUUGACUUCAAUUUUUGCUCAUUUUGUACAUGUAUAUAUAAUUAUUUGAUUAUCAGUCAGUUCUAUUCCCCAACCCCUUAUGCUGAGAAACUUUAGAAGUGCCUACCUUUUCACUCACAAACAAACCAAAGUAUAAUGUUGGUGCAAAAGCAUUUCAAAUCAAGAUGUGCCC